UGGAAAAUUGGCGCCAUUGUGUAAUUGCACGAAUGUAAAUAAACAUAACCUAAACAUUCUCUAAAACGUGUGAUGAGAGCGUCGACGAUGGCCGGGAUAAACAAUCGAGUGGAAGAGCUGAUAAAUUACUUCAAAUCCCACAACAAAAUUCGAGAGCAACAAACGCAUUCGGCGAAGGUUCACAGUGUUGGUUGGAGCUGCGAUGGGAAAUAUCUAGCCUCAGGGUCAUUCGACAAGUGCAUCUGUAUAUUCUCCCUGGGGCCUGACAGAUUGAAACAGGAAACGACGUUUCGAGGCCAUGGAGGAAGUGUAGAUCAGCUUUGCUGGCACGCGUUCAACCCGGAAUUAUUAUCAACAGCGAGUGGUGAUAAGACCGUGAGAAUAUGGGACACUCGAUCCCAAAAAUCCACAGCAACGAUCGACACAAAAGGCGAGAACAUCAAUAUCUCGUGGUCCCCAGACGGAUCGACAAUAGCAGUUGGCAACAAAGAAGAUCUCGUGACAUUCAUCGACGCAAGAACAAUGAAAAUUCGAGCUGAAGAGCAGUUCAACUUCGAGGUGAACGAGAUCUCCUGGAACAAGGAUUCAGACACGUUUUACCUGACAAAUGGUCAGGGCUGUGUCCACAUCCUGAGUUAUCCAGAGCUCGAGCUGCUUCACGUGAUCAAGGCACACCCUGGUACAUGUAUCUGCAUAGAGUUCGACCCGACAGGUCGUUAUUUCGCCACCGGAUCAGCCGAUGCCCUCGUGUCACUCUGGGAUGCAGAUGAGCUCUGCUGUUUGCGAACUUUUUCAAGACUAGAGUGGCCUGUCAGGACGAUCUCCUUCUCAUACGAUGGACAGCUACUCGCUGCUGCAUCUGAGGAUCUUAUCAUUGACAUCGGAGAAGUCGAGACUGGAGAAAAAAUCGCUGAUAUCCCCGUGGAAGCCGCCACCUUCACCGUCGCCUGGCAUCCCAAACAGUAUCUUCUUGCUUAUGCAUGUGAUGAUAAAGAUAGUUACGAUAGGAAACGCGAUGCUGGAAGUCUCAAGGUUUAUGGAUUCCCCAAUGAAUGAGAUAGUCCCCUGGAGUGAGUGAAAC